CAUGUUCCACAAAACACGUGUGUCAUAAUCGAUACGUCCAUUUGAAGUUAGUACCAUUUCGGUAACCAUGGUGAUAUCGAAUAACACAAAAAAGCAAGCGUUUAUGUUUAUCAUUCAGAGCAAGAAGACAAAUGACAAAACAAAAACCUACAAUGAAGACGAAUGGACAGUUCACAUCGAAAGGGACCGAUUACGCAGGUGAAUAUUAUCAUAUCGGAGCUUCCGGCAGUUAGCGAGAUUAACGUUGUGGUUUCGUGUUUUUUUUUAUCAGAGGAAGAAGUAAUAUCUCACCUGUGGGUACAGCUGCUUAUUCACAUCAAUGUUUACUUUUACGGCAUUUGGCUGGUUGUGACAAUAAUAUUUCUCAACCACGAAUUCGCCACCGUAAGCGAUAUAGAGAAAAUACUUUCCAUCCUUUCACUUGUUGUUGCAAUACCACUGGAAGUCAUCCGACUCUACCUUGGCCACACUGGAAAUCUGAUGAGUGCUAUACCCAGUUUUGCCGGAUUUCUUAUAUUAUCGUUGCUGAUUCAGUUGCCCCUACAAAUUUAUCUGUUGCUGGCUACGCAUACCAUUAACCAUACAGUCGCAACGGUGGUACAGUCCAUCACGAUCCUGCUGCUCGUGCUGCAGAUCAUCGUUGGCAUACCGGCCAUGCGAAAACUGUCCGCAUUUCGUAGAAAACAAUUUCAAAUACAACGCUGGCAAUACAUGAACAGGAAAACCGAGGCAAAAGAGGUGAGGUGAAGAAGCAGAAAACGUUUUUUGUUCGUAGAACGCAUUAUAUUCGAUUUCGGAACGCAUAAAGACACAUUACAUUAGGAUUUUUUU